AUGGCGGUCUCGCGGUUUGGCAACGUUGCCGACAUCGGCGGAGGCACACACACAGACGCUUUCGCAGACGCCGUGAAUGGUGGCGGCGAGGAGGAGGAUGAUGACGACAUUGACGAGAUGGCGCACCCACCCCCUACACGCCGCAGCACCACCGAAGGGUGGACGAGGGUGUUCGCGGCAGACGCGGAGGAAACACUCCAGGAGACGCAGGCAGCAGCAUAUGCACCUCCCAUCGAUGCCCUGUUGCAGACAGAGGGUGAUGCCAUGGGCCCGGCUGUGGCGCAUCCCAUCGUUGAAAGACAAGCCGUUGUUCGGUCAUUGGACCCUGCUGAGCUGGUGGAGAUGGUCGUGCUGUAUCUCCGUGCGACGGAAAAUCCCCGUCUUGUCUCUGCCGAUGAGGAGCACGUCUUGUUUCCGGUAGUCAUGGAACGGCUGAAUGAACUUCACCUUUUGCAGAUGCUCGACAUCGUGGAGUGCCACUGGGCCCGCUCGACGCUCGUUCGGUACGGCAUUGUAUUUAAGGAUAUGGUGCGUGACCGCAUCGCCCAGCUCGCAUCUGUUGCCGGCAAAGAAGCCGCACAGCCCCCGAAGCGGGCAUUGCGCGCAGAAAAUGACCCCAAUGCCAUGGAUGACCUUGACAACGCCGGGGAUGACGACGACGAUGCUGGUGAGGUCUACGCGCAUGAGGCCAAAACACCCACGCUGGACCCCAUCCUGCUUCAGGCGCGUGACGAACUAAACCCGGCCGGUGUGCUUCGCUGCAUUAUUGUCAUGGGCAUGAGUGCGGGCCGGCGAAAGAGAGACCUGCAGUUCUUUCAGGCAUUGGGGGUGUUUCUCGUGCACCACGUCAACCACUACAAGGAUCCACAUGAAUUGGUGCGUGUACUGACGGCGUUUGCACGCGCCAAGAUUGUCCCACCGAAUGGAUUCCUUGCGCUGCUUGGGCGCCGCUUCGCCGUGCUUAAUAAGCGAAAGCCGUUGGGCGCCCUUCCCAGCUAUCGCGCCUUUGUAAACCUGUACAAGAUGGGGCACGACCAGAUGAAUAACUUUAGGUUUUUGGCAAACUGCAUUUACGACACUAUCGACGCCAACGUCAAGUCCGAGAAGAAGCGCCAGAGGUUGCUGGAGUUGCAGCGCAUGCAUGGAGCGACCGACACUGACGCUGACGCCAAGGAAAUGCUCAACGCUGCAGUGCAGGCUGAAAAUACAGAGGGCGGUGGUGACGGCUCCGCGACGGUGGGUGGUGGUGAUCUAGACCCGCAGCUGUUGCAGGUGAUAAAGGCAAGGGAACGAUUCAAGCGUUUGACGGAGCUGAAGCCAUCGAUGUUUACCAAGCUCCUUCUCGUGCUUGCUCGCUUUGGGGCGCCGCACCAGCAGUACCUACGUCCCACGAUAGUGCCACUGAUCCUUCCCACGCUGCAGUGCUUCCCCCCACCCAGCUUCUCUCGACUCCUGCGGGCAUUGUACCUCUUUAGGACCACUGACCUGGAGCUUAUUGAACCCAUUAUUGACCACAUUGCUGACACUCUUGGGGCCACGGCUGUCCUUCCAGAGGAUGUGUUGGAAGUGGUUCGCAUCGUUUCCCCCGCGGAGGUGCCGUUACCGCGCAACCUCUCAAAACUUCUUAUGCUGUGCGAGGCGGUGUACACAGGUGUGGAUGUGGCUACGCCGCGGCUCAUUCUUCCGAACGAUAUGUGUGCGGUGGCCGUUGCUCUGCUGAAAAUACAGAUGAAGGAGGAGGUUCCGCUGGACGCCCUGGACCCGCUGACGCGUCUGAUGGAGGUCUUUGCGGGUCGCUUCAGUUUCCUCAUGCAGCUGCAUGUCGUCUCCCUCACGCACGUUGACAUCUUUGCAGAUCUCUGCCGACAGCUGCACCACCCUGACGCCUCUGGACGAAUUGCCAAGCUCAUUGAGGAGCGGCGAAGCCUGAGCGCCGCGGAGGGGGAUGACGAGUACUACAGUCGCCUGGACAUUGACGUGCGUGAGACGUUUCACAAGAUUAUGGUUGUGAACGAUUUCAAGACGUACGGGCAGUACCGACCGACCCCUGGAGUGCUUCAGGUGGACUUCAAGCAGGCCCUAACGGAGGUGAGCGCGUUUGAUGUGCUGGAGGCCACACACCUUUUCGUUCAGGCCUUCCCCAACACACUGCAGCCGACCGUCGUGCGGCACCUCAGUCGCAGUGUUCUUGCGAAGCUUGGCGGCGGCGGUGAGGAGGUCAUCACCGCAGACAACAAAAUGGUGCUGCGCCCACCGCGGGACCUGCUGCUCACGAAGGAGGACCUUGUCAAAUUUGUGGAGUUGGUGCAGGCAACCCCGCUAAGACGUGUGCGGGAGUCAUCGGUGGUGUGGCGCUUUAUUGCCGAAAAGGCACGCCGCUUGCAGAUGAGCGAGGUGCUCAGGACCGUUGAGCUGCAGGCUGCCGCCGCCACGGCGUAG